CAUGGCGCCCAAGACGUCGCAGUCAUCCCAGUCGAAAUCAUUGCUGCGAAAGUCGACCAAGCCCGCCACAAGAGUAAAUACCCUGAAACUUGAAGCUGUGCCAUCAUCUGCAAAGCGAAUCGACCCUUUAACGGCGUUCUCCAGUCUUCCUCUGUCGCAGCCGACUAUGUCAUCAUCUAAAGGAAAGGAGAAAGAGAAACCUGCUACGCGUGAUAGCGCCCAUGAUAGUCAAGCACAGGAUGAAGAUAGCCAGUUAUGGGUGGACCUGUAUGAACCCACUACAGAAGCCGAACUUGCCGUCCAUGUGAAAAAAGUUGAAGAUGUACGCCGUUGGCUUGUAGAAGCCUUCGAAGGUGGCCCUUCUGGAAAGCUCAGGAAAUACCGACGUAUCCUCGCUCUGACUGGCCCGGCUGGAACUGCAAAAACCACGACAAUGCGUAUUCUGGCGCGCGAGAUGGACUUUGAGAUUCUGGAGUGGAGAAACGCUAUCGGAGGAAACUCCGCGCACAUAACAGAUAUAACAUCAAGUCAGCCAUAUGUAGAGAUUGAUCCCGACCAUGAAGUCCUUUUCUCUAAAUUUGAGACAUUCCUUGCGCGCGCGUCGACCUGUAACAACCUCUUCAGUGAUGCUGCACCACUAGCGUCUUCAUCUCAAACAACGACACCAUCUUCCACGAGACCUACUCAACCUAGUACCAACAACAACAAACGGCGCAUUAUUUUGCUAGAGGACCUCCCUAAUCUCCUCCACAAUGACACUAAAGCCCGAUUUCACGUAGCGCUUCAGUCUCUUGUCGUUGAUCCUAGUCCAAAUCCUGUGCCCAUUGUCAUUAUAGUCAGUGACACCGGGAUGCGUGGAGAGGCAAGCGAUGAACGCUUUUCUGCUGGGUCUACAUAUCUAGAGCAAGACGGUGUUAUCGACAUACGAACUGUCCUUCCGAAGGAUAUGCUAAACGGUCCAUAUGUUACUCAAAUACGAUUCAAUCCGAUCGCCCCGACGUUCCUGCGGAAGGCUUUACAGGUUCUGCUUGACCGUCACUUCUCGACGGCUAGAGGAGGAAAGUCUGUGCGACCGUCAAAGCACAUAGUAGAUAUUAUCGUUGACAGCGCCAACGGUGACAUCCGAAGUGCAGUGAAUGCUCUCCAAUUUUCUAGCAUAGGUGAGAAGGGACGCAAGAAGGGCAAAUCAAGGGAGGCAAUGGUGAUAAUGGAAUCUGUGACGAGACGGGAGCAGAGCUUGGCUUUGUUCCAUCUCAUUGGCAAGGUUCUCUACAAUAAACGCAAGGGCGACCCUCCUGCGUCUUCGGCGAGCAAGAAAGAUAUAGAAAGAGAGAAGGCUCUUGAUGAGCUCUUGAAUGAUCCUCCCGAUCUACGCUCCUUCCUUACAGAGCAUCAACGACGGACGAGUCGUGUAGAUGUCGAUACCCUAUACUCGGACUCUCCCAUCGACUCUUCGCUAUAUUCACUAUACUUGCACCAAAAUUACACCCAGUUUUGUAACGACGUGGAUGAAUGCGACGGUAUUUCCGAUAACCUUAGCUGGGUCGACUCUAGUGGCGGCGAAGCUUGGUACCAAGCCAACCCACACCGAUUCCACCUGCUGACACUAGGGACAUUGCACUCGCUACCUACACCUGUCGAACGUCGAUCACAGAAGAUUUUCAAGCCUGAGUUCUUCGACUACCUGAACAAGGAGAAGGACGCAUGGGAAGGCGUGAGAGAUGUUCGUCGGUGGCUUAUCGAGAAGGUUGCUGCUGUGGAAGACGCCGGCUGGCGUGCUGGAGGGUGGAGCAGGACAGAUGUUCCCACAGAGCUGGGAGGUGUGCUGAGGGCUCGGGAUGCUUCGCACUAUGUCACGGUGGUCAAAGCGCCCCCAGGCCAUCGGUCGUUCAGCAACAUGAUGUUCGUAAGAACGACGGGAGGUGCCGCGGAGCAGCUGGGGGAAGCGGAGGCGGAUGGCCGAGAGGUCGAUGAUGACGUAUUUCUGAACGGGGAAGAGGAGAAAGCCUCGCAUAGAGGAGGGUGGUUGGAGAGUGACGACAUUGAGGAUUUCUGAUUGAAUUUUAAUGAUAGGGACGCCGUCUCUGCUGUUCGUACAGUAUGCCGAUUUCCCCCCACCCCCAGUUCUCGUGGAACCAUACAUGCGCCACUGACACUGUUCUGGGGACUCCUAGUAUGUCGCAAUGGACCGUUUUGGUUUUAGGGUCAUAUCGAAAUCAUCACCAGGAACAAGUCCCACGAACGAGAGAGCAAGAAGUGCCCAAAGUUGGACAUGGGAGACUAUCCAAAGGACAGUGGGGACAACCAUCUCUGAUCGGAACAGAACUUUGAGACUUCGGUCAUGGAUGUGGGGUGUUC